AUGAGCAACUACGACGAAGAGAACAUCGAGGAGAAGACCACCGGAGGAAAGUCCGAUGCUGAGUACAAGGCUGACAUCCAAGCUAGACAGACUGAGAUCUCAAAGCUCAUGAACCAAGGAAAGCCAACUGAUGCUUUGCCAAUUGCCUUGCAAGACCCACCCAUCCACACAAAGACCCAGGCCAUCAAGGACCAGAACGCCACAGCUGUCAUUGGUGUUUUGUCUGCCAUCAAGGAGAAGGAUGUUGAUGGAUGUGUCAACCAGCUGGACGACGAUCAGUUGGAUAUUUUGAUGAAGUACAUCUACCGUGGUCUUGCCACCGGUGACAACAACUCUGCCAUCUUCUUCAAGUGGUACGAGGCCACCCUGAAGAAGUCUGGAAUGGGCUGUGUUGUCCGUGCCAUCUCUGAGAGAAAGACCGUCUAA